AUCUGCAAAACGACCCUCUCAAGAUACAUACGUAAAAUAGCGAACAAUAUAGCUUUGACCACAUAUCGAAGGAACAGGCCAGACGGAGCUCAUAGAUUCUUCGGCAUCCGAAUUAAGGAAGGACGAUGAAUCCGCCCUCCUCCUCCUUCCUCGUCUUGCUCUAUCUAUCACUUCUUUUCCCUCCAAAUACAAUCACGGGGACCUCCCACGCCACCGGAGAAGUCGGCGUCCUAUCUUCGAGUUCGCGGUGGAUCGUAGACCAGAACGGGCGUCGUGUCAAGCUGGCCUGCGCGAACUGGGCGGCUCACUUGGAGCCAGUGAUGGCGGAGGGGCUCGAUAAACAUCCGUUGGACGACAUCGCCGGCGCUGUUAGGUCAAUGGGGUUUAACUGCGUGCGGCUUACUUGGCCUGACUACCUCGCCACCAAGGCUUCCAUUGCUUCGCUCACUGUCAAUGAAUCCCUCCGCCGCCUCGGCCUCGUUGACUCGGCUGACGCCGUCGCCGUCAACAAUCCCCAGAUCUUGAACCGAACGCUCAUGGAGGCGUUCAAGGAUGUGGUAUCCACUCUCGAGAUCCACAACAUCAUGGUAAUAUUGGACAAUCAAAUAAGCAUUCCUGGUUGGUGCUGUAGCAAAUUUGAUGGUAAUGGCUUCUUUGGAGACGAAUACUUUGAUACCGAUGAAUGGAUUGAAAGCCUGAAAAUAAUGGCAGCAACCUUCAACUCCUCAAGCAAUGUUAUUGGGAUGAGCCUCAGGAAUGAACUUAGAGGACCAAGGCAAAAUGUCGCUGAUUGGUACAGAUACAUGCAAAUGGGAGCAGAAGCAGUGCACUCUAUGAAUCCCACUGCUCUAGUGAUUCUUUCGGGUUUAGAUUUUGAUAAAACCCUCACCUUUCUUUACGACAAGCAAGUGGAGUUGACAUUCAAAGGGAAGCUUGUUUUCGAAUUGCAUUGGUAUGGUUUCUCAGAUGGUGGAGACUGGGAGAAUGGAAACAUCAAUGUAGUUUGUGGAAAUGUAUCAAAGAAUAUGUUGGCCAGAGGAGGUUUUCUGCUAGAGCAGGGCUGGCCCUUAUUUCUGUCUGAGUUUGGAGUAGACAUAAGGGGUAAUAAUCCAGGCGAUAAUCAUUUCUUGAGCUGCUUCCUCAGUGUGGCAGCUGAACUUGACUUAGAUUGGGCCAUCUGGGCAUUACAAGGAAGUUACUAUAUUAGAGAAGGCCAGCCAAAUCUUGAUGAGACCUAUGGUGUGCUAAGUUGGGACUGGAGUAAACCAAGAAACACAAACUUCUUACAGAGAAUUUCAGCAAUACAAUCUCCUUUCCAAGGACCGGGCCUUUCCAAUAGAUCACUAUACAAUGUCAUAUUCCAUCCAUUGACAGGGCUCUGUGUUCUUCAGAACAAAAUGAAUAGGAAACCAGUUCUUGGUUCAUGUGCUGAGUACGAGGCCUGGAACUAUACAUCAGGACAUAACCUAGUGCUGAAGGAUUCAGGACUCUGCUUGAUUGCUGAGGCUGAGGACAAUGAGGUAAAGUUUGGAACCAACUGUGAAAGUUUGAGUUCAAAGUGGGAGCUUAUAACGGAUUCACAGAUGCUCCUAUCAACUAAAAUUAACAGCAAUGGUAGCAUCGUAUGCUUGGAUAUCAACCCUGAUAACAACCUUAUCACUUCCUCAUGCAAGUGCCUUGUUGAGGAAGGGUCAUGUAGUGGUGAAAGCCAGUGGUUUAAAAUAGUUUAUAGUAACAGAGAAGAAAGUUCAUCUUUUUCAAAAUUGCUUUCGGUUUAAGGGAACUUUCAUUCUUGUUAAAAUUGUAUUAUUCUUGAGCGCUUCCUUGAUUGAUAAAAUUCACAGUUGCCUCAACAAUAUGAAAAUGCAUUUUCAUACUUGUAAGAUUUUUCAUUGUCUAAAUUAUUGUGUGCUUCCUUUACUGUAUUA